AUGGCUGACUCAACCCUGGGAGCCAUCCUGGCCGUGCUGGCCUCGCUCAUCAUCGCCGCCAACGCGCUGGUGGCCGUCGCUCUGCUUCGCCUCAUCCAGAAGACCGGCUCCAAGGGGCUCUCCUUUGUCCUCAACCUCCCCUCUGUCCUCUCCCUGAUUCUGGUGGCGUGCGACAGGCACCUGGCCAUCAGGAAGCCCUUCCACUAUUUCCAGAUGGUGACAGGCCUGUGGGUCGGGCUGCGCUUGGUGGGGCUCUGGCUGGCUGCCAUCGUCUUGGGCUUCCUCCCGGUCUUCGUCCCGGCCCUUCAGAAGAUCUCCGUGCGCGAGAAGUGCUCCUUCUUCGCCGUCUUCCAGCCCGCCUACACGGUCAUCGUCUUCUGCGCCGGCUUCUUCCCGGGGCUCUUUCUCUUCAUUUACCUCUACCUCGACAUGCUGAAAAUCGCCUCGGCGCACGUGCAGCACAUCCGGGAGGUGGAGCAGGUGGGGCUGGCGGGGGGCUCCCCCCUGUCCCGCACCACCCGCGACGUGAAGGCCAUGCGCACCGUCGCCAUGCUGGUGGGCUGCUUCGUGCUGUCCUGGCUGCCCUUCUUCAUCGCCAGCGUUGUGCUAACCGCCUGCGACGAGUGCUUCCCCUACAAAGUCAUCGAGGGCUACCUCUGGCUGCUGGGGCUCGGCAACUCCUUCCUCAACCCCCUGCUCUACUCCUACAGGCAGAAGGACGUGCGGCUGCAGGCCUUCCAGAGGGCCGUGGGCGCCAAGGGCAUCCUGGGGAACAGCCGCCCCGGCCGAGGCUCCAGGGCUCUCCCCACGGUGUCCUGCCUGCGGCUCCAGGACUGA